AUGGAACAUUCCUGCUCGCUCCUUCUGCUCUGUGUUAGUUUUCUGUUUGCACAAGCUUUACCACCCAAUGGAACUGAACUGCCAAAACCAACAACAACAACAAACUCUACAGAGGAGAACAAUUUACACAAGGACCUACUGACUUCAAUGCUGAUUCUGCUCUUGGUCUUCAUCAUUUUCAUUCUGUUGGCUGGCUAUUUUUUCAGGUUUAGAAGACAUAGGAAAGCUGUUGUGAACUCCGGGGACAAAAAGAUGCCAAAUGGGAUCUUAGAAGAACAAGAACAGCAACGAGUCAUGCUGCUCAGUAGGUCUCCCUCGGGCCCAAAGAAGUAUUUCCCUAUUCCAGUAGAAAAUCUUGAAGAGGAAAUUCGGAUGCGAUCAGCGGAUGAAGGGAAGCUCUUCCGGGAGGAGUUUAAUUCAUUAACACCUGGAUAUGUGCAGGGAACAUUUGAAAUGGCGAAUAAGGAAGAAAACAGGGAGAAAAACAGAUAUCCUAACAUCCUGCCAUAUGAUCAUUCCAGAGUGAUUUUGACCCAGAUCGAUGGAGUCCCACCUUCAGACUACAUUAAUGCGUCAUAUAUAGAUGGUUAUAAAGAAAAGAAUAAAUUCAUAGCAGCACAAGGACCGAAGCAAGAAACAGUUAAUGAUUUCUGGAGGAUGAUAUGGGAGCAGAAGUCAGCAGUUAUCGUCAUGUUAACCAACCUGAAAGAAAGAAAAGAGGAAAAAUGUUAUCAGUAUUGGCCUGACCAAGGGUGCUGGACUUAUGGAAAUAUCCGCGUGUCAGUGGAAGAUUGCAUAGUUCUGGUGGACUACACCAUCCGCAAGUUCUGCGUUCAGUCGCUUCAUGAUGGUUGUAAAGCUCCGAGGCUCGUUACACAGCUUCACUUUACCAGCUGGCCUGAUUUUGGGGUGCCUUUCACACCUAUUGGGAUGCUGAAAUUCCUGAAAAAAGUCAAAACAUUGAAUCCUGCCCAUGCUGGACCAAUCGUUGUUCACUGUAGCGCUGGUGUGGGUCGCACAGGGACGUUUAUUGUUAUAGAUGCCAUAAUAGACAUGAUGCAUGCGGAACAGAAAGUUGAUGUUUUUGAAUUUGUUUCAAGAAUCCGUAAUCAGCGUCCGCAGAUGGUUCAGACUGACAUGCAAUACUCCUUCAUUUAUCAAGCCUUACUUGAAUACUACCUCUACGGUGACACGGAGCUAGAUGUGUCAUCCUUAGAAAAACAUCUACAAACAUCACACAACGCGGCGCCAAACCUCGUCAAAAUAGGGCUAGAAGAAGAAUUUAAAAAGUUGACAAAUGUUCGAAUAAUGAAAGAAAACAUGAGAACUGGCAAUCUUCCAGCAAAUAUGAAGAAAGCUAGAGUCAUCCAGAUUAUCCCAUAUGAUUUUAAUAGAGUGAUUCUGUCGAUGAAACGAGGGCAAGAGUAUACAGACUACAUCAAUGCUUCCUUCAUAGAUGGCUAUCGCCAGAAGGAUUACUUCAUUGCCACCCAGGGACCACUUCCGCACACGGUGGAGGAUUUCUGGCGGAUGGUGUGGGAAUGGAAGUGCCACACCAUCGUUAUGCUCACAGAAGUUCAAGAGAGGGAGCAGGAAAAGUGCUGCCAGUACUGGCCAUCAGAGGGCUCUGUAACUCACGGAGAGAUAACUGUAGAAAUAAAGAAUGACAGUCUGUUAGAUGCCAUAAGCGUAAGGGACUUCAUAGUUACGUACAAUCAGGGUAACCAGGAGAAGCAAAGCAGGCUUGUUCGGCAGUUCCAUUUCCACGGGUGGCCAGAAAUUGGGAUUCCUGCAGAAGGAAAAGGGAUGAUCGACCUGAUUGCGGCUGUCCAAAAGCAGCAGCAGCAAACAGGCAAUCACCCGAUUACCGUGCACUGCAGUGCUGGCGCUGGAAGAACAGGUACCUUCAUAGCACUCAGCAAUAUUCUGGAACGAGUGAAGGCUGAAGGGCUCUUAGAUGUAUUUCAAGCUGUGAAGAGCUUAAGACUGCAAAGGCCCCAUAUGGUGCAAACACUGGAACAAUAUGAAUUCUGCUACAGAGUGGUACAAGAUUUCAUCGACAUAUUUUCUGAUUAUGCUAAUUUCAAAUGAAAAUUCCUGCCUUAUUUUUUAAUUUGUCUGUAUAAAUAGUUGUAUAUUCUGUUAAUUUAUUCCAUGUCAUUUUGAUUGUUGACUUUACUGUAAAUAUGACCUUGUGUUUGCUCUAAAAGUUGCGUUUGCUGUAUAAAGUUAUUUCUUAAAUAUAAAUAUCUUCUAAAGCAAAGUAUAAUGUUCAUAUACAGUA